UGCCAUCUUCUGAAAAACUUAUAAUAGGUUUGCAUUUCCAUGGUUACUCUGCUUCGAAUAUCGAAAUUGAAUAUUCCAACUAUUUAUAUUCUAUACAAACAACGUCGACCCUCAAUUCUGAAGAUUAUAAAACUCCAAUUGGAAAUCAUGGAUUAAAACAAAAUUAUUCUUCGGCUAUAGAAAAUAUUGUUUUAUAUUACUUACGAACUACAAAUAUGAAUGACACAUUUGGUCUAUUUUAUAGGACCACUUCUAGAAUAAUUGAUUCCGUGAAAGAUUACGAAUCGGAACUUGAAGAUGUUCGUCAUUCAGAAGAAGAAAUUCAAAAUUCAAGAAAAAAUCUCAAAUCUAUGUUUGAAGAUAUUUAUGAAGAUAUUCGUCAUUUAGAAAAAAAUAUCAAAUCUCUAAGUGAAGAUUGUC